CCCACUGCGCUGAGAAUCAGCUGCGGACUUCGCGAAAAUUUGUUUACUCCUCGGAAAAUUAACAUAUUUCACACAACCGUCAGCAUGAACGAGUUCAAAGUGCCCGCUCCACUGCCCAAACCCAAGGUGAUCAUCACGGAGAAGCCGCGCUCCGAAGUUCCCGCGGAGCCGCCACCUCCGCCACCGAAGAGUCCCAAAGCCCCCAAAUCCUCGCCAGCGGCCGUCUGCCCGUACAAGGUGCCCAAGUGGUCUGCCCCGCCAGCCGGCGACCAGAACUACAGCUUCGAGGUGCUCAAAUCCGGUCAGAUCAUCGACACGGUGCGCCAGCUGCAGCAACAGGCGGUGUGGACCUUCGGCCGCUUGCCAGAGAACGAUGUGCCCGCCGCCCAUCCGACGAUCUCGCGCUUCCACGUGGUGCUGCAGUACAAGCCCAAGGAGCCGCCAAAGCCGGACUUCGAGGAAGGAGAGGCGGCCGAAGACCAGGAGGAGGAGCUGGCCAGGAACGAGCAGCCGGAGGGCUGGUACAUCUACGACAUGGGCAGCACACACGGCACCUUUCUGAACAAACAGCGCGUGCCGCCCAAGGUCUACAUCCGGAUGCGGGUCGGCCACAUGCUCAAGCUGGGCGGCAGCACCCGCGUCUACAUCCUGCAGGGUCCCGGCGAGGAUGAGGAGCCCGAGUCGGAGCUCUCCGUUACCGAGCUGCGCCAGAAGCGGGAGAAGGAGCUGGCCGACGCAGCGGUGGAGCGGGAAAUACGGCUGCUGCAGGCCGAGGAGCGGGAGCGCAACGAGGGCGUCAGCUGGGGCAUGGGCGACGACGCCGACGAGGAGACGGAUCUCAGCCACAAUCCCUAUGCCAGUACCAACAACGAGGAGCUCUUCUUCGACGACCCAAAGAAGACCCUGCGCGGCUUCUUCGAGCGCGAGGGUCUCAAUCUGGAGUACAGGUGCGAUGAGCUGUCCUCCGGUUCCUUCGUCUGCAGGGUGGAGCUGCCGCUGGAUGACUCCAAUGGCAGACCCAUCACUGUGGAGGUCAACCACAAGGGCCGCAAGAAGGACUGUGUGGUGCAGUGCGCCCUGGAGGCUUGUCGCACGCUGGACAGGCACGGUGUGCUGCGUCAGGCCAACCAGGAGGCACAAAAGCGGAAGAUUAUCAAGCCUGGGGACUCGGACGACGAGGAUGAGUUUUGGGAUCGCACUGGUGACGUAGCGCGCAAGAAGCAGCGCAAGGAGAACACAGGUGCCAGCGUUACUCUCACCUACGAGGAUUUGCUAAAACAGGAGGUUGAACUCAACUUGGAAAUGGAAAAGGUGGAACUGGAAAUCGCAUCUUACCAGCAAAAGGAGAAAAAGUUAAAAGAGAUGGCCGUCAAACAGCAAUCUGAGGGCGAUGAUCUGGACAACUUCAUGGACAUGCUGACCGACGAUGUUGAGCAGCUGGAUAAGACGGAGAUCAAAAAGCUAAGGUUGGAGCAGCAACGGCUCAAGGGCGAGCAGCAAAAGAUUGAACGCCUCUUGAGGAUUGCCAAGCCAACGGCUCUGCCCUUCGCCACAAGCAGUGCCACAGCCACCAAGGAUUCUUUCGGCCAGGAGAGCAGUGCAGCCCGGAAGCAGCUGCCCAUGAUUGGCAAGCGGAAUCAGUUCAGCAAAUUCAAGGUGGUCAGGGCGCCGCCAAGCACACAGACUAAGCCCCAAUCAAAUGCAUUUGCCUCGGACGAGGAGGAAGUCGAGGAGGAAGAGCCCCAUGAUAAGAAGACGCACGUUUUGGAGGAGGGAGUGGCGGAGGCGGAACAGGAAGCUGUGGCAAAGCCACCGACUCCAGAGAUUGAGAGCUUGCAGGAAAGCAAAUCUCCUGCCGAAACGGAAGAGAGCAAACCAACAAACGCUGAAGCGGAAGUCUUAGAACCAGACAACUUGAAGUCAACAAAAGUUACAGCGGAAACUUUAGCAGCUCCCAGCGACACUGUUGCUUCAACGAAGGCAGCAGAAGCGAUGGAAGACGCCACCACGCCAGCAUACGAAUCCCCGGAACCGGGAGCAGAGGAAGCGCAGAAAAAGCGACGCCAGCGCCAGCGACAGCGCAACAAGCAGCGGCAGGAUGUGGACAUGGACCUGGACGAGCUGGCCGAGCACGAAGACAGCGAGAAGUACGCCAAGUGGGUGCCGCCGUCCAAUCAGAGCGGUGACGGCAUCACCCAUUUGAAUGAAAAGUUCGGCUACUAGCGCAGCGGUAGCAGUAGCGUUGGAAUACUUCAAAUAUUCAAUUUAGGAAUACUUUUUAAAACUAGUCUAGACCUGUAAUUGAUGUAUUCUUUAAGACCCUCUCAAUGUAACUUUGUAAAUGUUAAA